CCUAAAAUAUUAAGAAAAAUAGUUCAUCCUUUUUCUUUUAGUUAGGAGUUAAUCCCCUAAAAUAUCUUAUAUGCAUGAGUCAACCCAAAUGAGAUUGGCCCAACAGACACUAGCUUAGGUACCAGAAGUGAAGAGUGAAGAGGAAGAAGGAAAAGCCAAGUGCAUACAAUACAAGCAUUUCUAAAUUCAGUGUCUAUUCAAUUCAAUUCAAUUUUCCCCACCCAGGAGCUUACUUUGCUUGAGUUAUUUUCACUGUUCGAAGCCGCAACUCAUCAAAGUAAGCAAAGGUUUUGCUUAUAGAAGAUUUUGGUUCUUAUGUGUUUUGAGCACCAACUGUUUGAUAAAAGAACCCAACAAGUGUUUCCAUAAUCUUCUUAUGUAUUUCCUCUAACAACGUUGUUUUCCCCUGUGAUUUUACUUCCUCAGUGUAACCUCACGAAAAUGCUAAUCCUCCAAGCUGCUAUCUCGCCAAAACGCUUCCCACCUUUUCUUACAACAAAGGUUGAUGCUGGUUUCCAAGGUUUUUCUCAUUCAGUAUCAUUGUCUUACUACUCCCCUGUAGUUGUACCUAACCAUCACAUUGUAAAGUGUUCUGUUUCAACAAAGUCUCAUUCAAACCCUGAACCUGAACCUAAACAAAGAGCGGGAACUAAGGGACGUGGAAGGAGAAGUCAGCAACCUACUGAAGAUGUGGUGUCCAACAAUGAUGGUGAUAAGGGUUCGGCGGAGGUCUUCCCGACAACCAUUCCGAGGAAGCCGAGGCGCGGUCGUAAGAGUGAAGCAAUGAAAGUGGAGGAUUUUGUACGAGACACUCUUGACCGCACCUUUGCUGCAAUUCGGGAACAAAACGCGGAUGCUUUGGAGGGUCAUGAAACUAUAUUGAAAGAUUCUAAAUCUGAAAGUAGCAAUGAUGAUGAUGAGAAAGAGGAAGGGGAAGAAGAAGAAGAGGAGGAAGAGGACGAUGAGGAGGAGGAAGAUGAUGGUAAGGGCAGAGGAAAGAAGGUGGUAGUUGAGGAGGAAAGUAAAAGCUGGCCAGUUGAUGCAGAUGUUGGGUGGGGGAUAAGAGCUUCUGAGUAUUUUGAGAAGCAUCCAAUCAAGAACGUUGUAGGAGAAGAUGGUGUUGAAAUUGACUGGGAAGGGGAGCUUGAUGAUUGUUGGGUGCAGGAGAUUAAUUGUUUGGAGUGGGAGAGUAUUGCUUUCCAUCCCAGCCCAUUAAUUGUCCUAGUCUUUGAACGCUAUAACAGGGCAACUGAUAACUGGAAAAAUUUGAAAGAGCUAGAGAAAGCAAUAAAGGUGUAUUGGAGUGCCAAAGAUCGGUUACCUCCCCGGGCGGUCAAGAUUGAUAUUAAUAUCGAGAAGGACUUGGCUUACGCCUUGAAAGUUCGAGAAUGUCCUCAAAUUUUAUUUUUGCGAGGGAACAAGGUCGUAUACAGGGAGAAAGAACUCAGAACUGCAGAUGAACUGGUCCAGAUGAUUGCAUUUUUCUAUUACAGUGCAAAGAAGCCUGCAUGGAUAGAUGAUAAGGCCUUGUAUUCACGUUAUUAAUUGAUUCCCAGAACACAGCACUUGUCAACUUGAAGGUUAUUGUGUUAUUGUGUCUUUGCAAUGAAACAAACUAAUUCACAUCAAUUUUAAAAAUUUUAAACUUAUAUAAAUGAUUAAGUAUAGAACAA